AAUACACAAACUAAUCUAAUCCCUCCGGCCCACUAAUCACCAUCUCAAAACCCUAAUCUCUUUUAGAAAAAUCCACUGCCAAACUCCAAAACAGAAAUAAUGGCCGCCCAGACACACCCUCUUCACUCUCUCUUCACUUCAGUACUCCCACCCCCACUAAAAAGAAGCCGCCCAAACCCCCUCUCUAAACCAACCACCUUAACCGUCAAGUGCAAAUCCAACAUCUCCGGGCGCAAGCUCCGAGCAGCCGUCAUUGGCGGCGGCCCCGCUGGCUCCUCCACCGCCGAGGCCCUCGCCUCCGGUGGAGUUGAGACUUUCCUCUUCGAGCGCAGCCCCGACGCCGCCAAGCCCUGCGGCGGCGCCAUCCCCCUCUGCAUGCUCGACGAGUUCAACAUCCCAAUGGAGCUGAUCGACCGGAAGGUGACCCACAUGAAGAUCAUCUCGCCCUCUAACCUCACCGUUGACUUUGGAAAAACCUUGAAGCCCAACGAGUUCAUAUCCAUGCUCCGCCGCGAGGUGCUCGACUCGUACCUCAGGUCGAGGGCCGAGUCAAGCGGGACUACCCUCGUCACGGCCCUCGUGACGCGCCUCGAGGUCCCGACCUCGGCUGACGCGCCGUACGUCGUGCACUACACGACGGGGGGUGCGCGCCGUUCACUGGCCGUUGACGUGGUGGUCGGCGCCGACGGCGCGAACAGCCGGGUCGCAAAGGCGAUACACGCGGGCGAUUACACCUGCGCGAUCGCCUUCCAGGAGCGAAUCAAGUUGCCUGACGAUAAAAUGGAGUACUAUAGAAAUCUGGCGGAGAUGUAUGUUGGAAACGACGUCUCCCCAGAUUUUUACGCUUGGGUUUUUCCCAAGUGCGACCACGUGGCGGUCGGGACAGGAACCGUGUGCUCGAAACAAGAUAUUAAGUUGUUUCAACACGGGAUCAGGCAGAGGGUCCACCCUAAAAUAAAGGGUGGAAAAGUGAUUAAAGUGGAGGCCCACCCGAUACCCGAACACCCACGUCCUGUUCGGGUACGGGGCCGGGUGGCCCUGGUCGGGGAUGCGGCCGGGUACGUGACCAAAUGCUCUGGGGAGGGGAUCUAUUUCGCGGCCAAGAGCGGGCGGUUGUGUGGGGAAGCGAUCGUGAAGGCGUCGGAGGGCGGGGAGAGGAUGAUUGAGGAGGAGGAUUUGAAGAGGGAGUACUUGAGGGUGUGGGAUGCGAAUUACAUAACCACUUUCAGGUUCUUAGAUUUGCUGCAGCGGGUUUUCUACGGGAGUAACGCGGGUAGGGAGGCGCUGGUGGAGUUGUGUGGGGAUGAGUAUGUGCAGAGGAUGACAUUUGAGAGCUAUUUGUACAAGAAAUUGGCAGAUGGGAAUAGGUGGGAGGAUGCCAAGAUGGUGAUGAACACAAUUGGGAGUUUGAUUAGGUGUAAUCUUGUAGGGAGGGAUAUGAAGGAGCUCUUAAUCAAAGAGAGAAUUUUUGCUUAGUAAUUAUCAAUUUUACUAGUUUUAUCUUGUGGUUGUUUUUUGUUCAAAGUUUUGUGUACUCAAUUCUAGUAGUGAGGUUUGUAAAAGACUACCAAUUUGUUGUCUAG